AUGGGAUGCCCGAAACAGUUCUCCUUAGCUGGUGGCAUGGGCGCUGCACUGUUAUCAAAACCGGAGAAAGCCAAAGAGAUCGUGGAAGCAUGUGUUGCCUCAUCGACGAUACCAAUUUCUUGCAAAAUUCGUGUCUUGGACAAGCGAGAAGAUACACUUGAAUUUGUGAAAAUGCUUGAAAGAUGUGGGAUUUCGGCGAUCGGAAUACAUGGGCGGCGAAGAGAUGAACGACAGGGUGAUGCAAAUCGUGUGGAUGAAAUCCGUGAAAUUGCUCGGGCAGUUUCCCUUCCUAUUAUUGCGAAUGGAUCAUCGAAUACGGUUAAAGAAUAUGCUGAUAUAGCGAAGUUUCGAGAACAAAGUGGCGCCAGCAGUGUGAUGUUAGCAAGAAGGGCACUCACCAGUCCCAGCAUAUUUCGUCCAGAAGGCCUUGCAACCAAUGAGGAAGAAAUUUGUGACUUUCUUAAACUGGCAUGCAAAUAUGAUGAAAAUUUCACAGCAACAAAAUACGUGGUGCAAAGAAUGCUCGGAUCCAAACAGGAAUCGGAUCCACGUGGAAGACAAACUGUCAUGGCGGCCAGUGUUUUGGAUAUUUGUAAAGCAUGGAGUGUUAGUGAUAUCUACGAAUAUUACAAAAGUGUUCGAAGGCGAGCUCAAAAACGGUCAUUCCAGUGCGAUGAACAAAUGGAUGUACAGUUCAUUGAUCUCACAUUUCCAUCUAAGCGGCUAAGAGACCGGCAUGGCUCUGUAACGCCGAAAUGCGUCCUCAAUGCACUGUGUGAUGAAAGUGAAAUCAAAAGGCCCGUUUAUGAAUGUAAGUACCGUAAAACUGACAAAAGAUUUGAGGCAACGAUUGAGGUUGGAGGAAAGAAGUUCUCGUCACGCAUCGGGCAACCAAACAAAAAGAUGGCUGAACAGGUCGCAGCACUGGUCGCGUUAGUGGGCCUUAACAAACGAGAAAGACUGCCUGGCGAGUGGGAGGAAUGA